UAAUGGGGGUCUCCAUGCAGGACAGCAAGCAGAAGAGAUUUUCCUCCUCCGAGAUUCUAUUCAGAGGGAGAGGUGCACAAGCCAGUCAAAGGCAUGCCACACAUUGCUGAAAUAUCCCUGGAGGAAGCAGUUCAUAUGACCAAUCAAGAAUCCGGAAUGGGUGUCAGGGAGGAUCUGAAGAAAAUACGCUGUGCUGUGGUUUUUUGCUUGCUGUCUGUUCUAGUCCUGGCAUUACCCACAGCCUAUCUGCUGGUUGGAAAUCUCAGAGCCCAUAAAUCUGGCCCGGCUCAGGUUGCAGAUGAAAGCAUGUCUAGAUUCCUAAAGCAACAGGCAUCACCGAUUUCUUUAGUAUCCAGUGCAGGAAAGCCAAGAGCACACCUGACAGUUAAGAAACAAGAUAUUUCUCCCCCGACGGGAAACCAGCUGCCAGUUCUCCAGUGGGAACACGAGCGAGGCUUAGCCUUCACCAAGAACAACAUGAACUACACCAACAAGUCACUGAUGAUUCCAAAGGCCGGGGAUUACUACAUCUACUCUCAGGUCACUUUCCGAGGGCCCACUCCAAAUCACAGUAAACCAGUUUCCAUAACGCAGACCAUCACCAAAGUCACGGACAGCUACCCUGAGCCUACCCAACUACUGACUGCCACCAAGACUCUGUGUGAGAUGGGAAACAACUGGUUCCAGCCUAUUUACUUAGGGGCAGUGCUUUUCAUGGAGGAGGGGGACAGGCUGAUGGUCAAUGUUAGUGAAAUCCAAUGGGUGGAUUACACUAAAGAAGACAAAACAUUCUUUGGUGCUUUUUUACUGUAGGCUUCUGACAGCAACUGCUCCUAAUUAGGGUCCUGAUCAAAUGUAUCACUAAAGUCACACAGGAGUUUUGCUAAUGAUUUUAGUGAGUGCAGGAUCAGGGUAUCCUAGUGCCGAGCAUCUGUGCUCUCAAAAGCCUGUAUUCUCCUUCACCUGUGUGGCUGGGUGCCCAUCAUUGUCCUUUGGGGGAGGAAAGUUGAAUUAAACGACACAUCACCAAAUAGAUCACACCACACCAAACCACCAAAAAACAUAGGGAGGCAGAGGAGAGAAAAAUACAUUUCCAUACUAAAGCUAGGAACCUCUUGAAUACCUACAAGUGGGGCAUAAAUAGUUUAUAGGUGACGGGGAACAAACAAAUCAAUUAAGCCUAUAUUCCACCUCUAAUAAACAACCCCCCUUUGCCUUAAACAACCACUUUAAACUGUUCAAGUUUCCAACGUAAGUUUGUUUGACCUUUCUUCAGAUUGCCCCUUUCAACAGGCAAUUACUUCUUAAAAAUAGAUUUGCUCAGUACUUUGUACUAAUAUAGAAAUGUAAAUCUUCAAGGCACUGUGUAAAUCAUUAACUGUUUAAUGAAUCCCUAACAACUGCCCUGGGAAGUAGAUUAAAAUAAUUUCUUGCAGUUUGCAAAACAAACCAACAAACAAAAACAUUACUGAUAUUUUUUUCUCCCAAGACAUUUUGCAGAAAUUGUGGGCUAUGUUGUUCUGCUGCCCAGAAAUGGCUCUUUUUAUAGCAUUUCGAAUGGGUUGUCCAUUUUUACACUGGAGCAUGCAAAAUGUUAAUGUUCCAUUGUAAAAAUUCAUCUCACUCUGAAAAAAGUCCUAAUAUUAGAACGGGUUGGAAAACUGGGUCAGGAGGAGAAAUCUUGGGGGGAGGGGAUGAGAUUUUUAUUGAAAUUUUGAGCAAAACUUUCAGAAAAAUUUCAAAUUUUGAAAACUUUCAACCUGCUGUACAGCAGAUAAGUGUAGUCACUCAGAAUAGGGACCAUUUUGAAAAUGUGUUAUGUUCCCUCAAAAGUGAUGUUUUGGUUUGGUUUGGUAGCUUUUUGAGGAAAGAAACCACAACAUUUUAGAAAUUUCCAUAUAUUGAAAACAAAAUGUUUUCUCCUCCUCCUCCCCGCCCCCGCCAAGAUGGCCAGAACUCCCCUAUACCCAGAUGCUCACUCCGGCAGUGAUUUCUGAAAGGAAAGGCUGCUGUAACUUUUUCUAGGCACUAGGCUGGCUAGCACUAGUGGUUCCUCUACACAGAGAGCGGGGUCGAUGUCACGGCAACAGUGGGAGUAGGAGGUGUAGCCAGGAGCAGAACUCAGGAACUUUCCACUGCUAGUCUCUUGCUCAGUCUUCUAGGUCAUACUGUCUCAGGGAAAUUCCCUGGCUUUCCCACCACUCCCGUGAUAAACAAUUCACUGAUGACUAUUCAAGUCAUGUUCUAAUAGACUCGAGCUUUAUAUUCUUAAGUGCCUCUAGGCCCCAAGCUCAGUCAUGUAAAGAACCCAAAGAAUUAAUUUUGCAGCUAGACACACUCUCUCUCUCACUGGAACUUCCUUCACUUUCAACAUGUCUUUCCAUGUGAUCAGUGAAAGUGACACUGCGUUAUAUAUGUACUCAGAGUGCUUUGCUGGAUUGCACAUUGCUAAAUGUAGCGGAGAUAUUUUCCUUCCAAUGCAAGUGUAUGCCUCUCAUAAACCAAUAAUGGGAAUCACACACAUUAGAGAAUUCUAGAGAUCCUGACAAGGUUUAGUUGAUGAGUUCAGAUUUAAGGUCCUUACACACACACACACACACACACACACACACACACACACUGCAGCUAGACUGGCAAGGAAGCCAGUCUGUUCUCUCCAUUGCAUUCCUCCUUCUAGCAGGAGAUAGUUUAUUGUUGCAUUAACGUAGCUGACAAAAUUAAUAGAAUAUAGGCUCUACAAGAGUGCGGUGGAGGGGAGGAAGAGAAAAGAGCCAAGGCAAGUUGAGACAAGCGGGUGUGGGGGAGAUGGAGAGAGAGACGCAUGGAAGGAGACAAAAUGAUGCAACAGUAGCAUGGUCUGAGCAUUGCCUCCAUGUCUCUGUACAAGCACAUCAGUGCUGGAAAACUGGCUUUGCUUCAGGUUGGUUGCAAAGGUUCUCCAUCUUUUUCUUACUGCAAACCCCUUUGUAAGAGAAGAACCCUCCCAUGGCCCACUCCUCCACCCUUCCCAUCCCCCUAUCACCUGGCUCUCUUAAUAUCUAUCUCAGAAGACAUUUAUCCCCAUGAUACUGCUGCAUCCAAAAGCAAUUAAGAAGCACUGACCAUGCCCCAUAAGAGCUUGGCUAUUGCAGUGCUCCCAGCUUGCAAGUUUUUUAAAAAAAACUGGUCUUUUCUCUUUUUGCCUCCUGCUUUUCUCCUCCUAGUUGCCUCGUUGUGAGUUAAGCCCAAGGAAGGUACCACUGUUAAGCUAAGAUGCUCUCAUCACAGCGAACCUGUCCAGGACAGGUAAUUUUCAGCAGCCUGAUAUUAGCACUUCUGUGAAGUGUGUCCGUGAAGGCAAAAUUCAAGCAGUUCUAUGACAGUUAUAGAAAUCCACAGAGUUCUUUGUUUCUAAAAUGGGGUGCUGUGGCAUUAUUCUUUGAUCAUGAUGCAAUCCCAAUAGAUUUCUACACCUGAUUGAAAUAUAUAUCAAAAUCAAGUCAUCAAUUCUUAAUGCCUGGUGCACUAAAUCAUGGUAAAAUGAGUUUAAGGGAAAGGAGUGAAACGUACAGUACAUGGUACAUAAAAAGAGACUAUUGGAGAUAUUUAUAUACAGAUAUAGAUACAUUCUGUUCAUGUUCUAGGAAGUCCUAGAGCAAUAAUAAGUCUUUCCUCACAUGAGACACAUACAAUUUCUUUCCAGUGUAUAUUUAUCAUACAUUUCACAGCCCAAAAUAUUACCAGCCGCAGUCCCAGAUUAGCUAUCAGUACGCCUCACUCCCACAAAACAAACCCAUAUUUAUUUAUUUUCCAGGAGUCUGUAUUUAUAGUCCACUUAUUGUAAGCUUUCAUAUGCAACUCCUCUUUGUGCUAUCACAUUUAUGUACGUAAGUGAUUUUUCUUCCGUCACUUGUUUUAAAGUGGCGGUGGCAUAUUAACCCUGCACAUAAUCUCCAGUGGAAACUUUCUCUGUUAUUUGUGCUUCUGUAACAAUGAUGGUGACCAGUAUGUAUAAAAAGAAACUGAUUCUGAUCUCACUUCCACUGGUGUAUAUCAGGAGUAUCUCCACUGAGAGGAUAAUCAGAUCCAGGCAGUUAAGAAUGCUUGCAAAAAGCAUGUAAAAAGUACAAUGGGAAACAAAUUUUUUAAAAGUUGAUUGAAACUUUGAGACACUGUCAAGUAGCUUGAGCUGAAACUUUGGAUUUUGUAAAAGUUUUUUUUGUUUUGUUUUACAAAAGUGAAUAUGAACAAUAAUGUUCUUCUAAAGGAUUUUCUGAUUCGAUUCAAUGGAAAUAUUUUUUUCCUAAUUUAAAUCAUCCCCUCACAGAUUUGGAAACCCACAGACAUCAGAAUUGUUCUAAUGCACGAGCAACAGAGAAUGAAACUGACUAUCACCCCCAGUCCUGCACACACUUAGGUGUGCGUAACUAUAACUACAUGAGUCUUUCCAUUAAACUUAAUGGCCUCCUCACAUGCUUAAGGCUAGGCAUGUGACUAAGUGUUUGAAGGACUGGGGCCGACAGGCAGAAAAUGAAAUUGAAUAGCCCAGUGAGUGAAAUGCAUAAAGGAAACAACCGCCACAAAUACUGAAGAAGAAAUUAUGUUUUUUUAAAUGAUUUAGACCAUGAUCCUGCAAGGCAGUUCUGUUGGGCAGACAGACCCCUGACUGCAAAGGGAGUCUCCGUGGCCAUAAGGAAGUGCCUGCAGAGAUCAGAUGAAAGGAUCAAGGCAUUAAAUCUCAAUUAUGUGUUAUUAGAAACACAGAUUAUGACAAAUUUUUAAAGAAAUCUGAUUUUUCACCUUGACAGUGUCUCCCUCCAACCCACAAUGUGCUUUGUUUAAUUAACAUCCUGACUGGCCCAUCAUUUCAAAAGAGAACUAAGGAGAAAUGUCAUUCUUUAAAAGAAUCAGAUUGAAUGUCACAAAUAUUUGCCCGAUGUGGGUGUUAGAGACCAGUAUAGCAUUUUGCUAUAGUAAUAUAUUUUCAUAUAAAUAACUGUAUUAUCUUAUAGUACAAGCUGUUUCCUUCAAGGUAGAGUAGACUUGGCUUACUGUUUCCAAAGUUUUAUAAUAAAACUAAAUAAAAUGAACUAUAUGCAACGGUAAUUCGGAGCUGAUUUCUGUGUGAAAAUGCUGCUGUCAUUGGCUACUCAGCCAUUUGAAUUGUUUGAUUUUGCUGGCUAAUAUGAAAGAAACCAUGUAGAUCCUGUAUAAGAAAAAGCAACAUUUUGUAACAUACAAAGAUUUUGGUGAAUAUCAUUUUAAAGUGCAUUGAAAUAAGAAAACAUGCCCCCAAGACAAAGAUGCCCAAACAAAAGUGAACUCAGUACAAGAGAAACCAGAAAAUGUAAAGCUAUGGCAGGUGUCCCAGUUGGGGAAUCUAUAAUUUGUUACCUGACAAUAACUGGACAACUAAAAUUCUCAUGCUUCUGUCUGCCUUUCGAAAUGUAAGAAACUUUGCAAAGUCAGAUUUUUCUGGGUUUCUUAUCUACUUUCAGUCAGGGGAAACAGUUGUUUCCUGUUUUGUUUUGUUUUUAAACACUAAAAGAAGAAGCAGUUUGUGGAAACCUGUGGAAAACCAGUGCUCAUCAGAUGACACACUGAAACUUUACUCCAAUGUACCGUGUCUAUUCACUUAGAUUUGGUAGAAACUUUCAGGCUGUUACGAUUUAUUUAUUCGUUGAUCGGUUGCCUGCCUGAAAGCAAAGGUUUGCUUUAAUCAUAGCUGGCUUUAAUGUACGUAAACAUGCAUUGGAUGCUUAAAGCUUUCAUGUGCAAGCUUCAGCCAAAAGAGAGGGUCAGAUGUUCUGAAGGAGGCAGCAGAGAGGAGUUCUUCUGAGCAAUUUUAGCUGAGUUUUUAUCCUGAGCAAUGAAUUAGACUCGUUGAAUGUAAUGGUAACAUUCUCUCAUUUUUGGUUUUCUUCUCUCAUCCUGGCCAAUUUUAUUCAUCAUUCCUCUGACAAUAUGGAAGCGUUCUCUCUCCACCAGCAGAGACAAGAAGUCUUUCUCCCACUGGACAUGUCAUUUUUGAUUUCCAGGCUUUCUAAAAUCUUCUUGUCUUUGAAACCAGAACAUCUUUUUAAGAUGGGUUCAGAAAUGGUUGGUGGGGUCUUCUGCUCAUCCAUAGCUCUGGUUUAACUAAGAGUUAUGCUUGAGAAGUCUUUUCAAAGGGAAAAACAUUUUUAUGUUGUGUUUCCUCCUCUGUGACAUUCUUAAGAUGGGUGUUCUAUGAUUGGCAGACUCAGUAGAAUACCCACGGACUGAGUGAGCCAUGGAGAAUGAAUUAUCCCUUACUGCCAGAUGUGGUCCCUCUAUACCAGUGGCAAAUUGGGGGAGAAGGGAGGCAACUAGUCCUGCUACCACCAUUCUGCAGUGACAUCAAUCUCCAAUUCUGUCAGCCCAGUGCCUUUCACCAGCACUAAAUUCACUCCCUCCAAAGGGUUAGAUAGAAAACUAUUAAACCACCGACUGAGCAGUGUCUAUACAGUCCUGGAUCUUUCAGAACAAACCUGCCUUGAAGGGAGAGAAGGCAUUUUGUUAGAAUGUGAUGCUGAGAGAUUUAAACAUUUUAUUAAAGCUAAUAUUAAAAAAAAGAAUAUAGUACAUAGGUUGGGAAUAGAGUGUCUGAACAUCUGGGUAUAGUGCUUAGAUUAUCCACAAAUACAAAGUUAGUUUUUUAAAUGUCAUGCGCUACAUAAUCAGCAAUAACCCAAAUUUAGGUGAAUAGAUUUAACAAUGCAGGUUAGAAAUUAGAAUCCGAAUAUUCGGGUACAUCACUCAUGAAAAGUUGUGCAGAGAGGUGGUUGUUGCAUCACAAACCUCUGAGAUUGGGUGUUAACACACUCCUCAAUGGCCAUACCUAUCAGUAUCAGGGGUGCUGGAACAAUUUGUAUAGUGGGGGUGCUGAGAGCCAUUGAACCAAACUGAAAACCCUCUACCACUUCAAGCUGCCACGCCCCCAGCACUCCUAGUUCCAGCACCUCUGAUCAGGAUAAAAUACUUACAAGCCAUCCCCCUAAGACAAGGGGUUGUGAACCCACCUCGGAGUUUUUGGACUUAGAGGGGAGAGGGCUUUUGCAGAGUAUUGUUUUGGUUAAGCAGAUAGUGUGAGGGAAGGGAGAAUACAGGACAGAGAGAGGCAGAGGCAAGAAAACCAAUUAGUAACUUUUGAGCAUAAUGUGAUCCUGGAAAAAGCUAGACAGAAUGUUUGGAGUAGGUUGGUUAAAGAGGUCUGGGGCUGUAAGCUAAGAAACGAUUGCUUGUGUGCUUGGUUCCUCCUGUAUUUGGAGAAGCAGAACUUUGUAUAUUCCUUGAAAGUAAACCAGACUGGAAAAAUACUAGCCACCAUCACUGUCUACUUCCAAUUAAUCAUCUGCACCAGGCCCCAAACUUUGGCUAACUGCUCAGGUCAAAAAGAGGCAACAACAAGGAUCAAUGUUAUUCCAUGGAAUUCACCCAGUAGGGCAGGGAAUUCCCCCCGUGGGAGGGAUGGGAUUUUAAAUCUGCAGGACUGCAGUCAACCACCACUGGAUGAGUUGGUCAACCAAGGUCUACUCAGCCCCUCCUCAGUUGCUGCCCAGGUGGGGAGAUCCCUUGGCACUUUUUGAGAAGAAUAGGGGACAGCCCCAGUGUCAUCGUCAAUAUUGCCACUCAUUUAAACAGCUUCUUAGCUCACUCUUUCAGUGUCAGGCAGCAUUUCUGAGUGCCGCCAAUUCCCACCCUCUCCAAUGGGUGUUGAGGAGUCCUAAGCACCUUGCAGGAUCGAGUCCCUGUGGUCAGAUAUUCAUGGUUCAGCAAGCACAGGUGGGGGCAGAUUUCCCAGAAAGUUCAGCUCCCACUUCGGCACCUAAAUAAAAGCCACAUUUUCCAAAGUACUCAGCAGCUCCCAUAGUGCCACAGAGAAGUUCAGCACCCAGUGUGCACCAAACAUGCUGGGGGCUUCAGAAGACCUGGCCUCUACUGUCCAAGACAAUCCAUGAAUCACUGCUGAAUGCAAGAUGGCCACCACAAUUGGCUAUGCCUCGUCAGUUUCUAGCUCAUCAGUUUGUAACUCAUUGUUGCAAAGGGUUUUAGAAUACCAUGAAAGGCAUUAUGUAACAAGCAAGUUAUACACUAUUAUUUACUAUAAAUCGAGAAAUUGAAUUUCUGUUGAUUCUUGCAGCGUUAUAAAAGUUAUGUUAACAUUCCAGGGCCUGUCAUUUUAGUGCUCCCCAAACGACAUGCUUUCAUUGAUCUUAAAAAGUUUUAUAUUAAAACGUCAGUAAACCUCCUGAAAGUGCACACAGUAUAUUUAUUGAUACUAUAUUUAACUAACUGGUAUUAUGUCUUAGUCUUUAUGUAACUGUUAUAAUGACACAAUAUAAAAUUGAUCUUUAGAUCUAUCAUAUUCAACAGCUAUAAUAAAAUGUGGCUUUGAAAUAUGCAGUAUGAUAUAAUUUAUAGUUGCUUGAAUAAUUUUUAAAAGCCUGAUUUGUUACUUUUGUCAGGAAUAAA